GAAAAUGGACGCACACAUGAUUUUGUGAAGAUAUAAAAUGUUUUUAUUUACCAUUUCUGUGAGUUAAACUUUCGAAUUCGAGAACUCUUAACAUAGUGUUGUGUAAAAAUGACAGAAAUGCCUCCUUAUCUUGCGGGUAAAGAUGAGGAGAGUAGUGUACAAGUUGACAGUGAUUCCUCGGACUUGGAGGACGAUUUACCCCUAGCUUACGAUAAACCGAGGCAUUUGGAGCCUAUAAAGGGCGAAGAACGCGAGGAACAUACGUGGCGAGUUAAGGAAAAGUACAAGACACACUGUGUGGCCCUGGUGCUAUGUCUGAAUGUGGGAGUGGAUCCGCCAGAUGUGGUCAAAACUCAGCCCUGCGCUCGUCUGGAAUGCUGGAUAGAUCCCAAUUCACUAUCGCCGAGCAAGGCGUUGGAGUCAAUAGGACACGCUCUUCAGUCCCAAUAUGAGCGGUGGCAGCCCCGUGCUCGCUACAAGCAGUCCCUUGAUCCCACCAGUGACGAGAUAAAAAAGCUAUGUUGUUCGCUGCGGCGCAACGCUAAGGAGGAACGCGUGCUGUUCCACUACAACGGCCACGGCGUGCCCAAGCCCACGGCGCAGGGCGAGAUAUGGGUCUUCAACAGGGCGUACACGCAGUACAUCCCGCUGUCGCUGUACGACCUGCAGACGUGGAUGGGCGCGCCGUCGCUGUACGUGUACGACUGCUCCAACGCCGGCGUCAUCGUCGACAACUUCAAGGUGUUCGCCGUGCAGCACGAGCGGGACUACGAGAAGAUGUCCCGGUCGGGAGGCUCGGGGUCGGGCAGCGCGGAGGCGCACGUGUCGUACCACAACUGCAUCCAGCUUGGCGCGUGCGCGGCGGGCCAGACGCUGCCCAUGUCGCCCGACCUGCCCGCCGACCUGUUCACCGCCUGCCUCACCACGCCCGUCAAGAUGGCCGUCAAGUGGUUCGCGCUCCGCACGCGGCUGCGUGUCGCGCGCGCCGACCUGCUCGACCUCGUGGACAAGAUCCCCGGCCAGGUGACGGACCGCCGCACGAUGCUCGGCGAGCUCAACUGGAUCUUCACCGCCAUCACGGACACCAUCGCGUGGAGUUCGCUGCCCGCCGAGCUGUUCCAGCGGCUGUUCCGCGCGGACCUGCUGACGGCCAGUCUGUGCCGCAACUUCCUGCUGGCGGACCGCAUCAUGCGCUCGUACAACUGCACGCCGGUGUCGGCGCCCGCGCUGCCGUCGCUGGCGCGGCACCCGCUGUGGGGCGCGUGGGAGCACACGCUCGACCUGGCGCUGGCGCAGCUGCCGGCGCUGGUGGCGGGCGGCGCGUACGCGCACUCGCCCUUCUUCCGCGACCAGCUGACGGCGUUCCGGCUGUGGCUGGGGCCGGGCGCGGGCGCGCGGCCGCCGCCGCUGCAGCUGCCGAUGGUGCUGCAGGUGCUGCUGAGCACGCUGCACCGGGUGCGCGCGCUGCAGAUCCUGUGCCGCUUCCUGGCGCUGGGCCCGGCCGCCGUGCGUGCGGUGCUCGCGGUUGGCAUCUUCCCCUACAUGCUCAAGCUGCUGCAGGCCUCCGCGCCCGACCUGCGCAACUCCAUGGUCUACAUCUGGGCCCAGAUCAUCGCCGUCGACCCGAGCUGUCAGGUGGAUCUGGUGAACGCCAAAGGGCACAAGUACUUUCUGGCGAUGCUGCAGGACCCGAGCGUGGACAGCGAGCACCGCACGCUGGCGGCGUUCGUGCUGGCGGGCAUCGUGGACGAGUACCCGGCGGGGCAGGAGGCGGCGCUGCAGGGCUCGCUCAUCUCCGCCUGCCUCGAGCAGCUGGGCGAGGCCCGGUGCGGCUGCGGCGCGCUCGCCGUGUGGGCGUGCGUCGCGCUCGGCCGCCUGUGGCGCGCGCACGACGCCGCGCGCUGGGCCGGCGUGCGCGACCUGGCGCACGAAAAGCUGUUCGCGCUGCUGUCCCACCCGCGCGCCCCCGUGCGCGCCGCCGUCGCCUUCGCGCUCGGCACGUUCGCGCCGGCCGCGCGCGUGCGCACCGACCACGCCAACGCGCUCGACCAUCAGGUGGCGGUGCGGCUGGCGGCCCGACUCCCCGUCGACACGUCGCCUCUAGUCCGUGCCGAGAUACUCGCUGCGCUGCAGUGGAUCGUGCUGAUAUUCGAGCAGCACUUCAUCGCGGUGUACCUGCAGGAUCGCGUGCGCCGCGGCGACAAGUACGGCGUGAUCAAGGAGCGCGGCAAGAGCACGCGCGUGGACCCCGGGCAGGACGCGCUGGCGGCGGGCGCGCGCGCCAUACCCUUCACACGCGCCGCGCCCAUCGCCCUGCCCGCCAUCGGUUUCGGGUCUGUGUACACCAAGCUGUGGAGCACGCUGUGCGACAUGGCACGCGAGCCGCAUCCCGACCUCGGCCGCAUGGCUAAGGAGAUCAUAGAGUACGUCGCCACCCAGGCGGACACGGUGGACGCGGAGCGGUCGGGGUUCAUGUCGCAGCCGUCGUCGCCCAACACGCGCGCCGCAACGCACGACGCGCGCAUGCACACGCUGCCCGGCGGGCGGCGCGGCAAGUCGGGUCUGCCCCACACCAUCUCCGAGGACUCCGUGCACGCGCGCGACCGCGACUCCUUCUCGUCCACAUCUAGUCAAUCGUUGAAGAAGCCAAUAGUGAGCACGCAGUUCGUGGAGUGGGCGACGGCGCAGUUUGCGCGCGGCGAGGGCGGCGAGAGCGGCGUGGCGGGCUGCACGUGCUCUCGCGCCGCGCCCGCACAGGCCCCGCCCUCCGCCGCCCCGCCCGCCUCCGGCCCCGCCCCCUCCUCGCCGCUCGAUGACUGCGAGAGUGCCGCCUACCACGAGCGACUGUGGCGGAAGGCGAGGAACGCGAGCAUACGGAAGGAGGCCAGAGCGCUGCGCGGGUGUCGCGCGCCGCGGCUGGAGACGCAGGCGUUCCACUCGCGGUGCCCGCUGCCGCCCGCCGUCGUGCUGUUCCACCCCUACGAGCAGCAUGCCGCCGUCGCAUCUAAGGACAACUUCGGCGUGUGGGACUGGGGCACGGCGGCGAAGCUGUGCGUGGGGCGGUGGGAGCGCGCCUGGGGGCGGAUCACGUCGCUGGCGUACCUCAACGCGCACGCGCGCGCGCUGCUCGCCGUCGCCUCGCACGCCGGCAACGUCGCCGUAUACAGGCCGGGCAGCAGCGGCACGGAGCCGGCGCUGGUGGGGGCGUGGCGCGCGCUCGACGUGCGGCCCGCCCCGGAGUACCGCCCGCCGCCUGCGCAGCCCAUAUACAGUUUAGCGCAACUGGUGACUGAGCAGUGGAGCACGGGGGACGAGAAGCAAGUCAACAAAAACAAGUCAGCUGAUAGUAAAAGUGGGGCGAUGAGUGCGUACAGUCCGCCGCCGCCGGCGACGCUGGUGCGGUGGGGGGCGCGAGCCGGCGUGCUGGCGCUGGGCGGGGCGGCGCCGGCGCUGCGGCUGUGGGACGCGCGCGCCGAGCUGCUGCUGCGUGACGUGCCUACCGGCAGCGAUGCGCCCGUCACCGCGCUGUGGCUGGGCGGCGACACGGCGCUCGCCGGCUUCGGCGACGGCGCCGUCCGCGCAUGGGACGCGCGCGCGCCCCGUCCCCUGUUCGCGUUGCCGCCGCUCGCCGCGCGCGUGCUGUGCGCCGCGCCCCGCCCCGACCUGCACGCCCUCGUCGCCGGCGGUGUGGACGGCGAGGUGCGCAUCUACGACACGCGCAAGUUGUCGAGCCCGGUGCACACGGUGCGCGCGCCCGCGCCGCUCGCCGCGCUCGACGUGCACCCGCGCGCCGACCUGCUCGCCUGCGGGUCGGUGAACCAGUGCAUCAGCAUCUACGACCUGCGCGGGUCGCACCUCAACACGAUCAAGUUCCACGAGGGGUUCAUGGGCGCGCGCAUCGGGCCUGUCUCGUGCCUGGCAUUCCACCCGCUGCGGUGCGCGCUCGGCGUCGGCGCCAAGGACGCCACGGUGUCGGUGUACGUCGCCGAGGCCCGCCGGUGACCGUCGCUGUAUGGCCUGCCGCUGCCGCUGCCCUUCCAGUAGGACCUGCGCCCGACGCCACACACGUGCAGGUUGUAAAGUGUUCCAGUGAAACGUACGUCAAGUGAAGUAAUAUAUACGCUAGAUCACCUCCAGUUUAUCAUAAUAUACGCGAAUGUAGCUCACACAACAUGUAUAAACACCAGUGGUAGUAUACUACACUCUGAUCUUAGUCAGUAAAAUGUAACAUUGAUUCAUUUUAUGUCUCCUUCUUUCAUUAUAAGUUGAUAGAGAUGAAAUGAUCACUAGGAUUUUACUAACUGAAAUUAGAUAUCAGAUUUCAGUACCGAUAUAUAGCAUUUAGCAAUAGAAAUUGACGUAUACCGUACAUACAUGUAGUUGUAUAUUACAUAAAACAUAUUAUAGCACUGACGGCAACUUAGGUACAAAUUAUUUGAUGUCAUUGGAGACAAAGCGUUUUGUUGUUAGAAGUUUUUGGUGAUCGUAUACAAUUUAGGUAUAAUUUGUUAAGUGAACUUUGUUUAUGCUGCUUAGCGGUUUUUAUUUACUGGGCAAGAUGUGUGCAUCGGUAUAUAUCUGGUAAUACAUAAUAUAAAAAUGACAAGUAAGUGCUGAAUCAUAAAAAUAUAUAUCCACAACCUUUUUGGAACUCGGUUCAAAAAGUAAUGUUCUAGUCUGAGGGGUAAGCUGGAAAUUUUGACAGCUACGUAAUCGUAUGGGAGCUGUCAACAUUUUCAAUAUCGAUAUAUCAUGCUCACUCCUCUAUAUAUACGACGACAAAACUGAACCAUUAUCGCCAGAUUCCUAUAAGAUGAAAACUAAACUGAAAUAAAGUAAAUGUAUAAGAAUAUGUAAGUUUAAUACUAUAAUAUUAUGUUCAAUAUUUUUUGUAGCUGGCAAUACAAGUUUUAGCCAAAUAUAUGUUUUUAACAAUGGCAACUCUUACUGUGUAACAGUGUGUUGCAAUUUAUUUACUGACUGUAUAUGUUUAUGUUCGAGGGCAUUACUGAUAUAUUUGCCCUGUACAGAAAAUAUUGUAACCUAGAAAAGAGUUGGGUAAGGAGGCGAGGCAGGUCCAGUAGUACAUCAGUGUUCAGUAUUCACUAGGUGCUACCACUAGUAAUACUUCAGGCAUCCACUGUUUCAGGGUCCUGACCUUACUGAGGCCAAAACCGGAGUUGAGUGUCUCUUUGAUCAGUCGAUACUCUAAAAACUUUGCUCCAAGCUUGAUAUUAUGGUCUAUUUGAAUAAAUAUGUAAAAUAAUCUCAUAAAUUAUAGAAGCUUGCGCCGCCUGCCGCCAGCAUCACGGGAUUCUAGUGCUGGUCAGUCCUUUAUCAUUGUAAACAAUAAAUAGUAGAUCUAAGACUAUAUUGAACACAGCUACAUAGAUCCAGUUCUGAUUCAAAGCUGGAACCAGGGGCGUAGCUGCCGCCGUAUAUGGCGUAUCAAUUACACGAGGCCCCCGGGCCACGGCGACCCCCAACGGGAACAAAAAUUAUUAAUAACUAUUUACUCACCAUUUCUUAAAGUUAAAAAAGUUAACCAUACUUUAGGGCCCCCUAAUUGAAAUAUUUAUUAUUUAAAUUAUUAUUAUUAUUAUUAAUGUAAAUCAGUCUUUUUGUGUUGUGCAGACGGCAGAAGUCCAGCUUAACGGUUGUGUUCGUUCAGUUUACUUUAACGCUCAGUUAGUGAUGACAAAGUUCCUACGACUAUAGUUUCUAGAUGCCAUGUGUAGUGUAAUAGUGUUACUGUUAUCGUCGUAGCCACCUAUAUGUAUACGUGUCAAAUUUGCACAGAAUUGUUUACAUCGCUCGACCACCAUUAUAUUAACAUUAUGCUAACAGUUAAUAAUAGCAUUUAUAAUAUUAUACAUUUCCAUUAAAACAAACAUAAAUAUAGCAAAUAAGUAUGCAAAAAUCUGCUGUCUUUAUCUAGUCUAGUACAUUGCCAAGUCGCAUGGGAGACUAAGUUAGUACAUAUUGUAUUACAGUGCUCCCAAAGUGAUAAUGCGCAUAGAAAAUUUCGUAAUUUUUCGGCAACGAUCGUAUUUCUCGAGCGUCGGAAGACAUCGCUGUAAGCGCUGUUUUAGCCCGGCCGCACAUUGUCCGAAAUUUCUGAUCAGAAACAGUU